AUGUCUACCAGGCGUAGAGUAGGCUUCAGCACGUCUGCCUCAGAGGCAUCGAGACGGCAACUGAUGCAACCCGUACCAUGCUGGGAGAAAGUAUGGACUAUCCCGGAUAACGCAGCUCCGGGUUCGACGCUCAAAGUCUACAAGUGGGUAAGGACGGACAAGAUACAGCAAUUCAGUGACGAAGAAGAGACAGAUCAACCACUAGCACCCUUGCCCGAUGCAGACGACGUCGAAGUUGUCGACGGCGAUGAAGAGAUGGACCAAGACGAGGCAAACACAUCGGUCGCCCCAGAGACAACCCCCAUCUCGCGCGACGUCUCCGAACCAGCAGCCGAAGGCAAGGAGAUAGAAUCGAAACCAGAUACACCAAAACCACAUCCGCUCUCGAUAUCAUUCCGACCAUCAUCGCCAACCCCGUUGCCGGACAGCAUAAACGAGCCAAUGCAACCAUCUGGAGUCGCGUUGGACUCUGCGGUCGUGACCGAUGAUCUUGGGGAUGGCAUAUCACUGGAUAUGUCAGGGAUGGGCCCGGACGGGGAGCCAUUUGAGGGUGCGCAGGAUUUGUCUCAGUUGCAGGCCGGGGACGCAUUAUUAGGUGGUGGACUCAUGGAUGAAACGAUGGAUGAUGAUCCGUUCGCGCUACCGGGGGCUUGA